AAAUAUAGUUUUGAUUUAUGAAUAAAAUGUUAAUAUUACAAUAUAAAUUGCACUUUGAAUUGAUAUUGAUUUAAGUAAUUAGAAAUUAGAAUAUAAGAAAUUAACAACUUGACACAAAAACAAAUUUGCUUUUUAAAAGUCCCAUCAGAUGUCAUUGUAAUAGUAUUGGUUUUAUUUCUCAGCUGAUUAUUUCCACGUUAUUUUUAUCAAUUCUAGAACGAAAUUGUGAUUGAUUUCACACGACGUUUAGUCAUUGCGCGACUUUAAUAUAUAAGAACCGUUUGAAACGUUGUAUUCGUUAGUAUUGUGCUGUUAUAAGAACAAUAACGGAAGAUUCUAAUUAAAAUCAGAUUUAGAAAAUAAAAUGGCUUCGACAUCAGAACUUAUUCCAAAUUCAUCCGGAAUUCACCAACUUGAUAAAGAGGCUUACCCUCCAGCUGAUUCAGAUGAUGAAGAUUCUUUUGUAGUCUUAGACAGUUAUGGUCCAAGAACUCUUCAAAUGGAAGUGGAACCAAUAUCAACAUCUGGAAUUGAAAAAACCUUAAAUUCUAUUACCGAACUUGUUUCAAAACAGUCUCUGUCUUCUGGGGAAAGCUUUAAAGAGAUUUCAUUACAACAACGAUCUAUGGUAAUGAAUGCAAAUUCAUUUGCUUCAAUAAGUGGUGAAGAAAUUCAAAGAAACGUUGAUAAUUUAAUUUCUGAGAAUACACAGUUAAAAGAUACUUUGGCGCAAAAUAAUGUUACGAUGAAGGUGCAAGUGGACAAAAUAACUAAAUGGCAAGAGGAAGUUCAACAAGUUCAAGAGUCUCAUAAAAGAAAGUUUGCAGAAAUGAAAAUCAUAAUACAAGAUCUGAAAAAUGAAAAUGAAAAGUUGAAAGAUGAAUUGGCAGAGAAGAAUAAAGUAAAAGAAGUUCAUGUUGUUGAUGCAAAGACUGAAGAAAAUGUGAUUUUAACAAAACGAAAUGAUAAUAUAUUACAAUUUGAAUGGGAAGCGGGUCAGAAAAAAAUUAAAGAAAUGGAAAAAGCUUUAGACAUUAUUAUAAACGAAAAACAAAAUUUAAGCGAAAAAAUUAACGAUUAUAAGAAAGAAAUUGCUAAAUAUGAAGAAGAAAUUUCCACUUUAAGAGCAUCACAUGAUAAAGUUUUCUCUGACAAAAGCAUUUGGGUUAUAACUGAAUCUGAACUAAACAAAGAAUUAGAGAGCAUAAAAUUAGAAUGUGAAACUCUUAAAAACGCAAAUUUAAACUUAACACAAAGUCUUCAAGAUGCUAAUAAUAAACAAAACGACCUCAAACAGACUCUUGAAGAAAAUCAAUCUUAUUUAAGCACUGCUCAAUCGGGAGUUGUUGAGCUUCAAGAAGCUUUAGCAAAUGCAAAACAACAAUUAAUGGCCUCUCAAAUGCAUAUUACCGAGUUAAAAGAACAACAAGCUAAAGAAUCUGCGGAAAGAGCCUCGAACGAAACUGAUUUGCAAAAGAAACAGGAUCGAAAAGAUCAAAUGUGCAAUGAUUUAAUAACCGCUUUAAGAACCCAAUGUGAUCUAUUCCAAAAAGAUUAUGAAACUGAACGUGCUCUUAAGGAAACUAUUUUAACGGAGAAAAACGCUGUAGUGGAUGAAUUGCAAAUGUUACAACAUCGUAAUAUUCAGUUGAUUGAAGAAGUUGAUCAAUUACGUAGAGGUUACGUUCCUGUUCGAGCUGAAGAUGUUGCUUCAGCUCCUCCACCGGUUAAUAACUAUCAAGAACAAUCAUCGCGUUACUUAUGUCCAAUUUGCGGCCAGAGAUUCCGUUCUGGCCUUUUAUUAGAAGAUCACGUAGCAUAUUGCGAAAUAUAAAUCAGAUAAAAAUUAUUAAAAAUAGAAUUAGAAAUGACGUAUUUGUGUCCAAAAUGCAGUUUCAGAUUCACAAACUAUCCAACUUUAGCGAAUCAUGUGGAACAAUGUCUUAAACUUUAUGCACACCCAUAGAAAUCCAGUCGAAAUGAGUCGAAAGAAUAUAUAAUGUUGUGAAUAGAUAUGUGUUGUAUAUUUGCUGUUUAUAUUAAUUUUAUUUUCGACUCUGUAUAAAUAGUUUUGUAAUGAAUAAUGAUACAUAUUUUUUUAAUGAUAUAGAUGUUUUCAAAUAAUGUCGUUUUUAAUGUAGGCUGAAAAUAUAAUAUGAUCUUAAUAAUAUGUAACUAUAAAUCUGUAUUCCUUUAUUAACUUCAGUUAAAAUACUUUAUGAUUAAUGAAAAAUAAUAACUUACGUAUAUAUUUAGUUUAUCUAUUUUUUUGUUUUGAUGUGAUACAUUAACAAAGCUUAUUUAUUACGUCAUCUAUAAUAAAGGUUGUUAAUAAAGUAUAAAAUGUUAUAAAUAAAGUUGGUUUAAACUCGCAAAUAAAUAUAAUAAUCGAUUA